AUGGGUGCGGCCGUGCAGGCCGGCCUGAAGGCGCGCGAUGCCGCGCUGGACGAUGUCGUGCUGACCGACGUGAUGCCCUACUCGCUGGGCAUCAUCGCGGCGAGCAACAUCAACGGCCGCUUCGUCACCGACCGCUUCUCGCCGAUCAUCGAGCGCAACACGCCGGUGCCGGUGUCGCGCGUGGAGCGGUAUCACACGGUGGCCGACCAGCAGCGCCAGAUCCUCAUCGACGUGCGCCAGGGCGAGUCGCCCGUGGGCUCCGAGAACCUGAGCCUGGGCAAGCUGGAGAUCGCGCUGCAGCCCGUGCCGGCCGGCGAGGCGGGCGUGGAGGUGCGCUUCACCUACGACGCCAACGGCCUGCUCGAAGUCGAAGCCCACGAGACGCCCGGCGGCCAGCGCCACGAACUCAUCAUCGAGAGCCAGGGCGCACGCCUGUCGCCCACCGAACUCGCCGCCACGCGCGAACGCCUGCAGACGCUGAAGCGCCACCCGCGCGACGAACAGGACAACCGCUACCAGAUCGAGCGUGCCAAGCGCCUGUUCGAGGACCGCCUGGGCAACGACCGCGUCAUGCUGCAGGACUGGCUCGCACAGUUCGAAGGCGCCCUCGAAACGCAGGACGCGCGCGUCAUCCGCAGCGCCCGCCAGCAGUUCAAGGAAGCGCUGGACAGCAUCGACACGUCGUUCCGGUUUUGA